GCCGGGGCAGCGGGAGGCUUGCAGCUGCGGUGCCGACAUGGCUGCGCUCGUGGAGCCGCUGGGGCUGGAGCGGGAUGUGUCCCGGGCCGUGGAGCUCCUUGAGAGGCUCCAGCGCAGCGGGGAGCUGCCCCCGCAGAAGCUGCAGGCGCUCCAGCGAGUCCUGCAGAGCCGCUUCUGCUCUGCCAUCCGGGAGGUGUAUGAGCAGCUCUAUGACACGCUGGACAUCACGGGCAGUGCUGAGAUCCGGGCUCACGCCACAGCCAAAGCUACAGUAGCUGCCUUCACAGCUAGCGAGGGCCAUGCACAUCCCAGGGUGGUGGAGUUGCCCAAGACGGAUGAAGGUCUGGGCUUCAACAUCAUGGGGGGCAAGGAGCAAAACUCACCCAUCUACAUUUCCCGAGUCAUCCCUGGGGGUGUGGCUGACCGCCACGGAGGUCUCAAGCGCGGGGAUCAGCUGCUGUCAGUGAAUGGCGUAAGCGUGGAGGGUGAACAGCAUGAGAAGGCUGUGGAGCUGCUGAAGGCGGCUCAGGGCUCCGUAAAGCUGGUGGUGCGCUACACGCCGCGCGUGCUCGAGGAGAUGGAGGCCCGCUUCGAGAAGAUGCGCUCAGCACGCCGGCGCCAACAGCAUCAGAGUUACUCGUCCUUGGAGUCUCGAGGCUGAAACCACAGAUCUGGACCCUCCCCAGUCCCUUCCUUAUAAAUAAAUAGUAUUUAUUGCCAUUGGCCCCUUAUUUAAAGAUCUUUGAUCCU